AUGUCAUUCCCAUUUGAUUUGCUGCACGCAGAAAUUAUACGAGAAGCAAUUGAAAAUGAAAAAGUACGAUGUGAGGCAAAGGACGAAUGGAAUAAUAUAAUAGAGCAUUGCUCAGGUAUUGUAGAAAUUGAAAAACAUGACGGGUUAAUUCAAAAAGCAUUUCUUCAUUCCAAUGCAGAGACCAAAUUGGAGUCGAUAGGCUUCAAGGUUGGACAAGUGCUAGUCGAGAAGAUUUCCAAAGAAGCACCGAAGCUGAUAACCGAGCUUGAAUGCAUAAAAUUCAUUUGCAAAGAGUUCUGGAUAAAUGUAUUUGGGAAACAAGUCGAUAAUCUCCGAACUAAUCACCAGGGUGUCUAUGUGGUCCAAGACAGCAGAUUCACGACGCUUCGCAGUUUUCCAGAAGGACCACAAUAUGUGAAAGAGAGCGGGUAUUUUCUAGCACUUCCCUGCGGAAUUAUAAGGGGAGCACUGUCCGGACUGAAUAUUCGGGCAAUCGUGACUCCAACUGUCGAAAGCCUUCCUGCAGCGAAAUUCCACAUCCAAAUCCAACAUUAG